AUGCACAAGAAAAAGGAGGGUGGUCGAAGAAUGAUGAGGAUAGGUGAAGACACAGGGAGCAACCGCAGCUCGGUGGAGCGCAGCGCGGAUCUGAGCGGAAAAGGGCAGGCUCAUCGCGACGACGUCGAACUGGACCAUGGGGAACGAGAUGGGGAGCUCGUGAGUUGCGCACCAGGCCCAUGGGACUUCGGAGGUCGCUGGGGAGUAGAAAUGGUUGUCACUGAAACCUGGGAUCCUGGCACACGGAGCCGGGUGUCAGGUGCAGGGCGACAAAACAGGGGGACAGCCUGCGCGGGCAAAGGGCGCAUGCAGGGAUCGAGCUGGAGUGGCGCCACAGGAGCAGGAAGGGGACUUGUUAGUGCAGUAUUAGAAUAUGAAGAAUACAAGAAUACAGCAGAAUGGCUUCUGUCCCACACUAAGCACCGACCUCAAGUGGCAGUGAUCUGUGGCUCUGGGUUAGGAGAUCUAGCUAACAAAGUAACGCAGGCCCAGAUCUUUGACUACAGUGAUAUACCCAACUUUCCCCCAAGUACAGUUCCAGGACAUGCUGGUCAACUGGUGUUUGGGUACCUGAAUGGCAGGGCCUGUGUGGUGAUGAAGGGCAGAUUCCACUUGUAUGAAGGCUACCCACUCUGCCUGGUCACGUUCCCAGUGAGGGUUUUCAAGCUUCUGGGUGUGGACACCCUAGUGGUCACCAAUGCUGCUGGAGGACUCAACCCCAAGUUUGAGGUUGGCGAUAUCAUGCUGAUCCGUGAUCAUAUCAAUCUACCUGGUUUCUCUGGUCAGAAUCCUUUGAUAGGCUCCAAUGAGGAAAGGUUUGGAGUUCGUUUCCCUCCCAUGUCUGAUGCUUAUGACCGACAUCUGAGGCAGAUGGCUCACAGUACCUGGAAACAAAUGGGGGAAGAGCGAGAACUCCAGGAAGGCACCUACGUGAUGUUGGCAGGCCCCAACUUUGAGACGGUGGCCGAGUCUCGUCUGCUGCAGAAGCUGGGGGCAGAUGCUGUUGGCAUGAGCACUGUACCAGAAGUUAUAGUUGCACGGCACUGUGGACUUCGAGUCUUUGGCUUCUCCCUCAUCACUAACAAGGUCGUCAUGAAUUAUGAGACCCUGGAAAAGGCCAACCACGAGGAAGUACUAGAGGCUGGAAAACAAGCGGCACAGAAAUUGGGACAGUUCGUCUUCACUCUUAUGUCUAACAUGUCACUCCCAAGCAAUUAA